GCGCGUUCCAUACUGCAAUACAAAUUCUUCAUGAUCUUGCCGCAAAUGCUGGGUACAAAUAAUGGACAAACUUGUGAACCAGUUCUUUGAGAUGAUUCCACUUCGACAGUGCAGUUGGGGGGAUACUUGGAAUACAACCGCUCCUUCCCUUGAAGAACAACAAAGCAUACUCAAAGAGACUUUGAUGUCACCUGUAUGCAAAGAAUUUCCUCCAUCACUCAAAUACAGAAAACUCUUUGUGAAGCACAUUUUGAAACAGUGUGAAGAGCAUGAUGUAGAGAUUGCAGAUGAGCUGUAUGAGGUAUACUCUACCCUGGUGGCCCAGAAAGAGGAGACUCUGGAUAGAUUCUUCAAGACGUACAAACUGCCCACAGGUAACCUAAUCACCUUGAAGGAAUCCUCACAAGUAGUGAUUGAUGGAACUACAGGACUACGAUCAUGGCCUGCUGCUCAGUACAUGGUGGAAUGGAUAGCAGAGAAUACACACAUCAUUAAUGGCAGGAGAGUACUGGAGCUAGGAAGUGGUUUAGGAUUAACUGGUCUGGCCUCGUGUGACCUCUGCCAACCUUUGACCUACACCUUCUCAGACUGCCAUGAACAAGUCUUGAAAACUCUUCAAGAAAACAUUUUAUUAAACAUCCAUAGAAACAACUCUCAGCAGAGCUCUGAGAGUGAGACAGUGAGAUCCAAGUCUGACUCGGAGAAACUUGGUGAUCGUAAAGACCAGGAACAAAGAACUUUUAAGGCUACCACCUCGCUCAGAUUACUGGAAGAGCAUAGCUUGUGUGAUGUUGGAGUAUGGUUCCAUAGAACAAGACAUGCUGUGGAAGCACGUAUUGAAGGAGAAAAUGGAUUGGAAUCAAACAGACUUGUGCAACAGGAUUCAGAUCAAAACCCUGCAAUGAGGACUGAUGUUUCUGUAUGUUGUAUUGACUGGGAAAAUGUUAAAAAGGACUGGCUUGGGAGUCUAAAUGCAGAUGUUAUCCUAGCUACUGAUGUGAUUUAUGAUACAAGAAUCCUACCAUCAUUGGUUCAUGUUCUGAGCUCCCUGCUGAGUGGACCUGAUAACCAACACACAGCUGCCUACAUAGCUUCUACUAUCCGCAAUGAAGAUACCUAUAAAUUGUUCCUAGAGAUGAUCGAUGAUGCUAACAUUGUUGCCAUGGAGAUGACCUCACCUCAACAUCAUCUAUUCCACUAUGAUAAGACCUGUUCAAUACAGAUCUUGAGACUAACGCAGAAGAGAUGAUCUUCACAGUACAUGACGAAGGCUGAUCGGUGACGUCUUUCCUUGGCCUGUUGCUGCUUUUGAUACCAUCACGGUAUGAGUAGGAUUUGAACUCUUUAACAUGCAUGACCAACUAACCCAACUCUGUGCUCACUCAAGUAUCAGACAUUCAAGUGUCUAAUAUUACCAUGAUAGUCAUACAUGUCUUUGUAUUGUUCAUGUACCUUUUGGGUUAUUGGAAAGUCGUUUCCCAAAGAAGCACACCACAGCAAUGUUAAUUCCGAUGAAGAACUCUGCUAGUGGCUCCUUGGAGAUGAUAUAUUUCAUUUGAAUACUUUGCCUAAAAUUGUUUAUAGCCGCUUAGAAUAAAAUACAUACACACACCUGCACUGUACUUCAGCUGAGUUGGUUCUAUUGAUUUAAUGCUCUGCCAAUUUUAGUCUGAGAUUGGAUUAAUUUGAGUCUGGUAGUGAUUAUGGGGUAAUUGGUUAGUUAAUUCAUAUUGGUGAUAGGUUAAUUUUUGUUACUUUACACUAGCAAUGCAGGAGGUGCAUUCCCUGAGGAGGCAAGGUCUUUCUGUGACAGAUCCAAUCCGUUGGACAUGUACAAUAACAGAGAUGUUCAAGAAGUAUCAAUUCACUAGGGAAGGUGUGCUAUUAAUCGUUGAAAGGUUGGAGCUAACACUCCAGCAUAAAACCUCUUUUUUCGGGGGGGGGGGGGGGGGGGGGGGGGGGGGGGGAAGGAGAGCCAAGAUUUUUGUGUAAAAUCUUUGUAAGACUGUGGUGACAAGUCCAUGAAAAAAAAGCCAACUUUAAGUGUCCAGUGUUGAUGGAUAAUGAAAAGUACAUUGGUGAAUCUAUGUGAAUGAGAUGUUUUAAUUGUACACAGAGAAUAAUAAAAGCAAGAUAAAUUUUUAGUCAUAGAUAAAGCAUUUAUUCAGAUUUUUUCAAAGAUUUGUUCUCCGAUCCAUCAGAAAAAUCACAAAAGAACUUGCAUGCAGCAACUUAAGGCAUCUUAGAAAAACCUGAGGCACAUUUUGCAUGCAACUUUAAAACAAAGGAAUGCAUCAUUCUGACCAAUCAACAUUCGCUUUUCUCGAUCUAGCAUACAUGCUCAGCUACCCAAUUAUUAUUCUAAUAUAUGCAUUCCUGGCUAGCUACAUGUACAUGCAGGUCGUGGAUAAGGGAAAGAAUUGAUUGGCCGAAUGGGUAAAGUUGUGUGAAAAAUAUGCCUGGGGUUUCGCGAAGCUGGCAUAUGUACAAGCAUAUAUACACAGUAGGGAAAUUUAUAAAUACACUAUGAAAAUGUACAGGAGAUGAAUUGAUAGUUAUAAUAUAUACAUAUGUACACUCUAUGAAAUUGAAGAUUUGUACAACCAUACAAGUCUAUUUACAACCAUACAAGUCUAUAUACACUACAUGUAAGAAAGAUUAGAUUCAAAUAUACAGACAGAUUUCAGGUAACUACUAGAUCAGCUCAGAAUCAUCUCCUCUCAUUGAUAUAAUUAAUACCCAAGUCAGAUGAUGAUCAUGUCCAUAAAGCUCUGUAUUUACAUAUUCACAUGUUAUGCAUAUUUGUUCUUACUUUUACAUAAUUAUACA